AUGGACCAUAGCAAUAAAUGUAAUUAUGGACAUUGGAAUCUCUCAAAUCCUGCAUCUGCCAUAAAUAGGACUCAAAAGCACAAUUCUUCUCUUCUUCGGCUCUAUUGCCUGGCAUUCACAUGCCAAACAACUGCAAGAAUGGCUAUGGGUAUCAUCUUUAGAGCAUCCAUUCUCAUGGGAUUGCUUUGUUAUGGUUUGCUUUCUGGUCCAGCAAUUGUCAUGGCCGAUGUAACAAAUGAGACAUGGCUGAUAUACCAGGGUCUAUGCACAACAAUUGCAGAGUGUAUUGCAACUUGUAAGAAAGAAAAAUACCCUGAUGGAGGCGUUUGCAGAAGGCCUUCUAUUGAUUCACCCUACGAUGGAAAGACCAUCCAAUCUUCAAUGAGUUCAGGGAACAAGAAAAAAGGUGGAUUCAGGGCUUGCAUAUUUGUAUUUGUUUUGGCAACUCUGGAAAAUAUUGGAUUCGUCGCCAACAUGUCGACAAUUGUUCUCUACUUUCAUUUGGUGAUGCAAUUUAAUCUAUCCACUUCUGCAAACACCCUCACAAAUUUCUUGGGAUCAACUUUCUUGCUCACAAUAUUGGGAGGUUUCAUAUCAGACACUUACUUGAACAGACUCUACACAUGCUUACUGUUUGGAUUCUUGGAAAUCCUGGGGUUGGUUUUGCUCACCAUCCAAGCGUAUUCUGAUAAGUUCCAGCCUGAUCCUUGCCAAAAAUCAACUUGUGUGAAAGGUGGUCAAGCUGUCAUGUUUUACGCAUCCAUUAGUCUAUUAGCUCUUGGUGGUGGUGGAGUUAAGGGAUCAGUUGCAGCACUUGGUGCUGAUCAAUUUGAUUCAAAAGAUCCAAAGGGAGCUAAGGGACUUGCAAGCUAUUUCAACUAUUAUCAGUUCAGUGUAAACAUUGGAUCAAUAAUAGGUGUUACUGCUGUGGUCUGGGUAGCAAUGAACAAAGCUUGGUACUGGGGAUUUUUCAUUGGUUUGGUUGGUGCAUUUGUCGGUUUUGUAGUUCUUGCACUUGGAAAGCCUUUCUACUGUUACCAACCUCUAGCCACAAGCCCUCUGAUAAAGAUAUCUCAGGUUAUUGUUGCAGCCAUUCGAAACAGAAAAUUAUCAGUACCAGAAAAUUCCAAUGAGUUAUAUGAGAUUGAUGACAAAGAAAGAGAUGCAUCUGAAGAAGCGAUUGCACACACUAGCCAAUUCAGGAUUUUAGACAAGGCUGCCGUCCUUAAAGACGAGAUGUCUCCACAGCCUUGGAAAGUAUGCACAGUGACACAAGUGGAAGAAGUAAAAAUACUGACAAGAAUGCUCCCAAUACUUUUGAGCACAGUUAUAAUGAAUACAUGCUUGGCUCAGUUGCAGACAUUUUCAGUUCUUCAAGGAUACGACAUGGAUGCUCAUAUAGGAUCCAUACAGAUCCCUACAGCUUCAAUUCCAGUGAUCCCACUUCUUUUCAUGGCUAUUCUUAUACCACUCUACGAGUUCUUAAUCGUCCCACUCGCACGAAAAAUCACAGGCCAUCCAUCAGGUAUCACACAACUUCAGCGUGCAGGCGUUGGCCUUGUGCUCUCAAUUAUCUCAAUGGGAAUAGCUGGAGUUAUUGAGGUCAAAAGAAGGGAUCAAGCACUGCUGGUUCCGCCUAAGAAAAUGAGCCUUUUCUGGCUUGCUUUCCAGUAUGGUGUUUUCGGAAUUGCAGACAUGUUUGCAAUGGUUGGACUGAUGGAAUUCUUUUACAAGGAAGCUCCCAAUGGGAUGAGAUCUCUUGCUACUUCUUUUGCAUUGUUAUCUCUCUCAUUUGGAUAUUUCUUGAGUACUGCCUUUGUCAGCAUUGUUAAUGCUGUUACCAAGAGGGUCACUCCAAGCAAACAAGGCUGGUUAGAGGCACCAUAUCUGAACCAGAAUAAGUUGGAGCUUUUCUACUGGUUUCUUGCCAUCCUAAGUUUUCUCAACUUUGCUAACUAUCUCUACUGGUCUUCAUGGUACAAGUACAAGUCAGAUUCAAAGAAUUCUGAAGCUGAAGACAAGGCUAUUGAUCCACUCCUCGGACAGAAGACAUCAAUUGAGGAUAAAGAAUAA